AUGUCUCGUUGCAUACUUGAUGCAGCAUACAACGCCGAGAGUGAUACAGCGUACAAUGCUGACAGUGACGGCAUGGACGACAAUUGCCCGUCAGUAGAUGUCAAUGAGGACAAAGCAAGCAUUCAUCUUCUUAGGAAGCACAAGAAACUGUGGUGUAGAGAGAAAGGCGUAAUUGAUUGCUUGCUCGUUGAGCAGGAGCAAAGUGACUCUGCAAGAGGUUGGAAUAGCGAGGAGGACGCGCGAUCUGAGGAAAGCAGUUGGGAACAAAGGAGCACGAGCAGCGAGAUUGCCCAUGGCAGUCGGCAUGAUAGUGAUGAGAUUGCCUAUGACAGUCGGCAUGACAAGGAUGCUGCGGAUGGAGUGAUUGAAAACAUUGACGAUGAGAGCCUGGGAUUGAUUAUCGACGGUCUACAGGUUGUGGACUCUGAUCCCGAAGCCUCUUGCGUGUCAGAGGACCAGAGCGACGCCUUGCUUGCUGUAAGGGGGUCAGGGCCUGAAGAACAAGAAGAGAGCAUCAAGCAAAGUUGA